GCGCCGCCCUGCGCGUUCCUUUCCAUCCGCGUGCCUGAGGGUUUACCCGUGUGUCUACGCCGAGGGGUUUCAUCAGGGAAGAGAAAUGCCGUCAAAAAUCAUCUUUGACACCGAAGACCAAGCCAUGGAGGAACAUGUAGACACUGUCGCGGAGGCUAAAACCCUGAAGAUCAAGACCAAGGAGGGCAAGAAGCUGAAGAAGAAGCAGUUGGAGGAGCAGGAGGACCCAGACUGUGAACCUCCAGCACCAAAGAAGAAAAAGAAAAAAGACAAGCUUGCAGCGGACCAAGUGAAUGGCCACUUAGAUGAGGCCACAGACAUGAAUGGCAACAGUAAUGGUGUUGAAACACCAAAGCAGAAGACUAAGAAAAACAGUGAAGAAGGCACAGAGAAAAAAAAGAAGAAACAAAAGAAAGCAAUUGCAGAAGGAGAAACCAAUGGACAUUCCACCCCAAACAGCCCAGUUCAGACACCGUCACAGUCAAGUGAAGACUCAACCAGUGACAGCGAAAAAGAAACGGAGGAGACACCAGAGCAGAGGGAGGGAGCCUUCUCCAACUUCAGGAUCUCCCAGGUCACCAUUGAUAAACUAAAAGCUCGGGGAGUCUCUUACCUGUUUGACAUUCAGGUGAAGACAUUCAAUCCUGUAUAUGAUGGAGAAGAUGUAAUUGCCCAAGCCCGAACAGGAACGGGAAAGACUUUCUCCUUUGCCAUCCCUUUGGUGGAGAAGCUCCAGAGGAAUUCAUCUGAGAUGACCAGAGGCCGGGCUCCCAAGGUCCUGGUGUUAGCUCCAACCAGAGAGUUAGCUAUCCAGGUUGCUAAGGACUUCAAAGAUGUCUCCAAGAGGCUGGCUAUUGCCUGUUUCUAUGGAGGCAGCUCAUACAACCCACAGAUUGAUGCUAUCCGAAAUGGUAUCGAUAUUCUGGUUGGAACCCCUGGUCGCAUCAAAGACCACAUCCAGAACCAUAAACUCGACCUCACAAAACUGAAACACGUUGUUCUGGAUGAAGUAGACCAAAUGUUAGACAUGGGGUUUGCAGAACAAGUUGAAGAAAUUUUGGCUUCAUCAUACGAGAAAGACAGUGACUCCAACCCCCAGACUCUGCUGUUUUCUGCCACCUGCCCCCCCUGGGUAUAUGAUGUGGCUAAGAAAUACAUGAGACCGGGAUGCAAACAUGUUGACCUGAUCGGCAAGAAAACACAGAAGGCUGCAACAACUGUUGAACAUCUGGCCAUAGCAUGCCACUGGUCACAGCGUGCAGCUGUGAUAGGUGAUGUGAUCCAGGUUUACAGCGGCAGCCAUGGCAGGACCAUCGUGUUCUGUGAGACAAAGAAAGAGGCCAAUGAACUUUCCAUGAAUGCAUUCAUCAAACAGAGUGCCCAGUCCCUCCAUGGUGAUAUUCCUCAGAAACAGAGAGAGCUGACGCUGAAGGGCUUCAGGAAUGGAGCCUUUGAGGUUCUUGUUGCCACUAAUGUUGCAGCCCGUGGAUUAGAUAUCCCCGAAGUUGACCUGGUGGUCCAGUGCUCUCCACCCAAGGAUGUGGAGUCAUACAUCCAUCGUUCGGGACGUACAGGCAGAGCAGGCAGGACAGGAGUCUGCAUCUGUUUCUACCAGAGGAAAGAAGAGGACCAGCUGCGCUACGUAGAAAACAAAGCAGGAAUCACGUUCAGACGAGUUGGCGUUCCCACUGCCAAUGAUAUCAUCAAGUCAUCAAGCAAAGAUGCUGUCAGGUUUCUGGACUCUGUUCCAGUUACAGCCAUCGACUACUUCAGAGCAUCAGCUGAGAAGCUGAUCGAGGAGAGAGGAGCAGUUGAUGCACUAGCUGCUGCGCUGGCCCAUAUUUCUGGAGCCACAAGUCUAGAGCAGAGGUCACUGCUCAACUCUGAUGCUGGUUACACCACAAUGCAGUUGGUGUGUUCUCAGGAGAUGCAUAAUCUGGGUUACGCCUGGAGAACCAUCAAAGAACAGCUUGGAGAACAGUUUGAGAACCACAUUCACAGAAUGACCUUCCUCAAAGGCAAAACAGGAGUUUGUUUUGAUGUUCCAGCUGACAAAGUCAAGGAGAUUCAGGAGAACUGGAAGGAUGGUCGUCGUUGGCAACUGACUGCAGCAACAGAGCUCCCAGAGCUGGAGGAGAAGCAGUUCAAUAACCGUGGUGACAGAGGCUUUGGCAGCGGUAACCGCGGUGACAGAAGAGGAGGGUUCAGAGGUGGAAGGGGACGCAGCUUUGGGGGAAAUGGCGGCCGCGGUAAUGGGUUCCGGAGCGGUGGUGGUGGCUUUGGCAACAACAGAGGAGGACAUAAACGCAGCUUCAGUCAAGCUUUUGAUUACUGAAGUAACCAGCCGGUGGACUGAUAAGACUGACUGUCACUCGUCUGGGCUGGCAGUGGUUUUUAUUGGCUGUCAGUGAGCUGGCUUAAUUAUGGCUGGUGGAAAUCGCCAUAAUUAAUACACAGUACAUUAAAUUACAGAUCUUCAAAUAUAAAGAAAACGUAUUAUCUGUAGUAUCCAAGUUAAGAUCAGAUUUUCUGUGUACAGCACAUUAACACAGUACCACUGGCAGCCAUUUUUUAAUGCCUGAUGUUUCUUCUAGGUGACACAUUUGACAAAACUCAAGAAAUGACAUGUUUUGACCAGUUCACUGCAUAAAUCAGUACAUAAUUCACUUGCCAUGUCUUGAAUAGUAAGGGGUCAAAAAUCACCGGCUGUAGUAAAAGUUUUACCUUUGACAGCACAAAAUGAAAGUUUGAACAAGUCAUCCACUGAGUCUUGGAAAAGUGUUACUUUUUUUAAUACUGGGUGUUUGGGGAACAGUGGCAGCAAUCAGACUUGAGCCUUUGUCCAAAACUCUGUGUCAUGUGGGAGGCAUUGUGUUUCUGCUCUGCCCCCACAGAACACAGUGAUUAAAUGGGUUUUAAACUUAAUAGCUGUGCUCAGUGACAGGUUGAUGCUUUACCAUCAUCUGAAACCUCUCUCCCCAAAAAUAUAUUGGAUGAUUGCUUUGCAAUUGCCUCUAUUUAAUAACUGUGUCUACUGCUUCCAUUCAUUUGAAUGAAAUGACUUAUUCAUUAAAAAAAGGUCAACUCA